UAUGCUUUGAACACUAAAAAUGAUGAACAUGAAGCUGCUAUCCAAGCCCUUAAGGAUGCUCAUGAAGAAGAAAUUCAACAAAUUCUUGCAGAGACCAGAGAGAAGAUCUUGCAGUAUAAAAGCAAAGUUGCAGAAGAAAUGGAUCUCAAGAGAAAGAUCCAAGUUUUAGAAGAGUCACUGGAAGAUCAUAAAAAGAUGAAACAUCAGGCUUUGACAGAAUUUGAAGCCUAUAAGGACAGAGUUGAAGAUAUGCAGCUUUGUGCAGAAGCUCAGCAUGUCCAACGUGUAGUGACUAUGUCAAGAGAAGUAGAAGAGAUAAGAAAGAAAUUUGAGGAAAGGCUACGAAGUUUCAUACAGUUGCAAGUGCAAUAUGAGAAGGACAAACGUACAGCUCUGGAAGACUUGAGAGCUGCUCACAGGCUUGAGAUUCAAGAACUUCUGAAGACUCAACAGAGUCAGAAUGCUACUUUAAGUAAGGGGCAAGAAAAGCUAGAGGAAUUGCAUAGAAUGGAGCUGGAAGACUUGAACAAUAAAGUUGAAGAGUUAAGGCUGGAAAGAAAAAAACUUAUUGAGGACUAUGAAGGCAAACUCAGCAAAGCACAGUCCUUCUAUGAACAUGAACUUGAUUCUUUGAAAAGAUCUCAGCUUUUUACAGCAGAAAGUCUGCAUGCUUGCAAAGAAAAAGAAGUGGAGCUAAGAAAAGAAUUCCAAAACCAGGAAAGUAUUUUACGGAAGAAUUUAGGAAAGCUUAAAACUGAAUUGCAAAUGGUCCAGGAUGAAGCUGCCAGUCUACGGGAAAAAUGCCAAAAACUUCAAGUGGCUCUUGGUACAGCAGAAAACAAUGUUCAGGUUCUUCAAAAACAGCUAGAAGAUGUGAAGGAGGAGGAGAUGUCAUUGUUAAGCAAACACAAAGAAGUGGAAAGCGAGCUAGCAGCUGCUAGAGAGCGCUUACAGCAGCAGGCCACUGAUCUUGUUCUCAAAGCCAGUCACAUUGGAAUGCUUCAAGCUACUCAAAUGACUCAAGAAGUUACAAUCAGAGAUUUGGAAUCAGAAAAGUCUAGAUUAAAAGAAAAACUAUCCCAACUGGAAGAGGAAAGAAACCAAUUGCAAAGCAAAACACAAAGUCUGGAUGAGCGACAAAGACAGCAAAUUCUGGCCUUGGAGAAGAAAGUCAAUGAAGCAAGAGAGACACAACGUGAAUAUUAUGAGAAGGAGCUGGUGAAAUUGCAAGCGAGAUUGGAAGGAGAGGCUGCACAGUUAAAGGAGGCUCAUUCGAAGACCUUAGAAGAAUUGGCAUGGAAACACCAUACUGCAAUUGAGGCCGCACACAGUAGCGCUAAUAAGGAUAAGAAAAAACUGCAGAUGGAGCUGGAGCAGAAGUUUGAGAAGGAGAAACUGCAUUUGGAGGAUGAUAAGAAUCAGCUCCGACAGCAGUUGGAAAACCUGAAGGAAGAGCUGACAACAAAACUGACUUCUGCCAAUCAGGAGGCAAGGGUUAACUUAAUAUAUUGGCUAAUGGUCCUGUGCACUAGACCCCAUUUCAUCAAUAAUCAUCUUGUGCUUGGAGUUCAGUACAGAACUAGGAUUGCAGUCUUCAGUCUGUUUAGUGCCUUAUUUCUGUUUAAAGUGGAGUAUUCUUCAAACAGAAGUUACUUGACCACUUCUGAGCACUGAUUUUUAUUGUCCUUUACUAAACUAACCAGGCAAA